AUGUCACGACGACCAGACCCGUUCGCGGACGAGCAUGGCGCGCCCAUGUUGAAUCCCUCUCAGCUCUCUGGAUAUAGUGCUCGAACUCCUUCUCCAGGGGGCUACCAGCUUUCAGACAACCCUUACGGACCUCAAUCGCACCUGCCCAUGCCAUCAAGUGAUCGUCUGGCGGAACAACCUACUUACUCAGUGGAAAACGUCUCGAACUCCUACGGUUACCAUGAUACAUACGAUGCCCACCAUCCCUACCCUGGUCACGAAUACGCAGUUGAUCCAGAGGCCCACCAUGAUGCCUACUACACCCAGCCCUACCAACCAACACACACACCACAUGACGAUUAUGAUCUGGGACAGUAUCCAGAAGGUGGACACACUCCAUUCGAACAAGUUGAAGAGCCCAUGCUGCAGCCGGGGGAUAACCCCUUUGGACCGGACCCAUAUAACAACGACAUUGAUGAGGAUAUGCGUCCAACGCCUAGUCCGCAACCUCUUCGCCGGUGGAAGACUGUGAAAGAAGUUCAGCUCUUCAACGGCAAUUUGGUACUUGAUUGCCCUAUUGCCCCGAGACUUCUUAGCCAAAUUCCGCAUGCAGAAGCGCCAGGCCGUGAUGAAUUCACCCAUAUGCGUUACUCCGCCGCGACUUGCGAUCCGGCUGAUUUCUUCGAGGAGCGCUUUACCCUGCGCCAAAAGCUUUUCGCAAAGCCUCGCCAUACCGAGUUGUUCAUCGUUGUGACCAUGUACAACGAGGAUGAUUUCCUUUUCGCCCGAACCAUGUCCGGUGUGUUCAAGAACAUCGAUCACAUGUGCUCUCGCACGAGCAGCAAAACCUGGGGCAAGGAUGCGUGGAAGAAGAUUGUUGUCUGUGUCAUCAGUGACGGUCGUGCCAAGAUCAACCCUCGCACACGCGCUGUGUUGGCUGCUCUAGGUGUGUACCAGGAUGGAAUCGCCAAGCAACAGGUCAACGGAAAGGACGUCACCGCCCACAUUUACGAGUACACCACUCAGGUGGGAUUGGAAGUAAAGGGAACGCAGGUACACCUUAAGCCUAGAUCUGGACCUCCUGUGCAGAUGAUCUUUUGUCUGAAGGAAAAGAACCAAAAAAAGAUCAACUCCCAUAGAUGGUUCUUCCAGGCUUUCGGUCGUGUAUUAGACCCCAAUAUCUGUGUUCUUCUUGACGCUGGUACCAAGCCCGGCAAGGACUCAAUCUACCACCUCUGGAAGGCCUUCGAUGUCGAGCCCAUGUGCGGUGGUGCGUGUGGUGAGAUCAAGGUCAUGUUGUCGAAUGGCAGAAAAUUGCUGAACCCGCUGGUCGCCGGCCAAAACUUUGAGUACAAGCUCAGUAACAUUCUCGAUAAGCCGCUUGAGUCAUCUUUCGGUUUUAUCACUGUGUUGCCUGGUGCGUUCUCCGCGUACCGGUUUGUGGCACUGCAAAACGACAAGAAUGGCCAAGGCCCGUUGGAACGAUACUUCAUGGGUGAGAAGAUGCACGGUGCCACUGCCGGUAUCUUCACGGCUAACAUGUACCUUGCCGAGGAUCGCAUUCUGUGCUUUGAGAUUGUUUCAAAGAGAAAUUGCAGAUGGCUCCUUCAGUAUGUUAAGUCGUCUACUGGUGAGACUGAUGUGCCUGAUCGCAUGGCCGAGUUCAUCCUCCAGCGUCGUCGUUGGUUGAACGGUAGUUUCUUCGCUGCUGUUUACGCCAUUGCCCACUUCUAUCAAAUUUUCCGCAGUGACCACAGCUCCCUUCGCAAGUUCAUGUUGAUGAUUGAGUUCAUUUACCAGACAGUCGCCAUGAUCUUUGCCUGGUUUGGUAUUGGUAACUUCUUCUUGGUCUUCCACAUCUUGACAACAUACCUGGGAUCGGAUGAUCUCCUCGGUACAGCUGGUAAGGCUUUAGGUAUUGUCUUCGAAUGGCUCUAUCUGGCGACCCUCGUUACGUGCUUCGUGUUGGCGCUGGGUAAUCGACCUGGUGGAUCUAACAAGUUCUAUAUGACCAUGGUCUACUUCUGGAUUGUUAUCAUGAUAUACCUUGCCUUCGCUGCCAUCUUUGUCACGGUGAAGUCGAUUCAAACGGAGGUGCAGACGAGCGGCUUCACGGCAAGCGAUUUGUUCACGAACGAUACAUUUUUCUCGAUCAUCGUGUCUCUUGGCUCGACUUAUGUGAUGUGGUUCAUAGCCUCAUUCAUUUUCCUUGACCCAUGGCACAUGUUCACCUGUUUCAUCCAAUAUAUCCUACUCACGCCAACCUACAUCAACGUCCUCAAUAUCUACGCCUUCUGUAACACCCACGAUAUCACCUGGGGUACCAAAGGAGAUGACAAGCCCGAGAAACUACCCUCUGCCCACCUCAAGCCCGGUGGCAAGGUCGACGUUAACAUCCCCCAAGACGAUGGUGACCUUAAUGCCCAGUACGAAGCCGAGCUCGCCAAGUUCUCCAUGAAGCCCCCGAAGGAGGUCCAGAUUAUCUCCGAGGAAGAAAAGCAAGCAGACUACUACAAGGGAUUCCGUAGUGCUGUCGUGCUCGCCUGGGUCUUCUGUAACUUCGCUCUGGGUGCCGUGGUCCUGAGCGCUGCCGGUCUCGAAACUUUCGACGACACAACCUCGACCAGCGAUAGCGAAGACUCCACGCAGAGCAAGCGCUCCUUGAUCUACAUGAAGGUCGUUCUUUGGAGUGUUGCUGGUCUAUCUGGCUUCAAGUUCAUCGGUGCGAUGUGGUACUUGGUUGUUCGGAUGUUUCGCGGCGUUUGA